GCGCAUGCGCGGCUUUCCAGGAAGUGUUAACAUUCUCCUUUACCAGCUGAUAGCCACAUUGUCAACAGUCAAAGCUUCCCAGUCUGCACGAAAGAGGUAAAGACACCAUCAGCGAGAGUUGACUACACUCUGGAAAGGCCAGCGCAAGUGACCGACACACCACCAGAAGCACCACCCAUCUCCACCCUCCAGGGAGGAGGCCCACCAGCCCCCCUGCUGUCCCCCUUUUACGCGGGCCAGUAUGAGCUCCAGAGGGAGUGGAGGCCGCACCAACGGCACACUACCCCAGACCAAGAUCUGCCAGUUCAAGCUGGUGCUGCUGGGCGACAUGGCCGUGGGCAAGUCCAGCCUGGUGCUGCGCUUCGUCAAGGGACAGUUUGACGAGUUCCAGGAGACGACCAUAGGAGCGGCGUUCCUGGCUCAGUCGGUGUGUCUAGAUGACACCACGGUGAAGUUUGAGAUCUGGGACACCGCGGGACAGGAGCGAUACCACAGCCUGGCUCCCAUGUACUACCGUGGCGCUCAGGCGGCCAUUGUUGUCUUUGACAUCACCAAGCCGGAGACCUUUGAGAGAGCCAAGGCCUGGGUGAAGGAGCUGCAGAGGCAGGCCAGUCCCAACAUUGUUAUCGCUCUGGCCGGGAACAAGGCCGACCUGUCAGAGAGGAGGCUUGUGGAGUAUGAGGAAGCCCAGACGUAUGCUGAGGACACUGGCUUGCUCUUCAUGGAGACCUCCGCUAAGACAGCCAUGAACGUCAAUGAGCUCUUUCUGGCCAUUGCAAAAAAGAUGCCAAAAACAGACACCCAGAACCCGACACAUGCAGCACGACACCGGGGAGUCAACCUCCAGGACCCGGACGCCCACUCUACUCGAGCCUGCUGCGGAGGGAACUAG